AUGUCGAACUCGAAUCCAGCAACGAGUCCUAUCAGCGAGGGGGAGAUGAACAUUCGACAAGCUGGACUAGUGGACAGCUGUUUUGAGGAAGACCAGUAUGAAGCUGGACUUGCCGUUCUCGACCAGCUUCGCUCUCCGCACCGCAGACCAACAGCUUCGCAUAUCCGACAGCUUCUGUACAUGGCUCUAUCCCCCCCUUCGUUUCAGAUAAAUGAGGUCGACAUCACCGCCUCCCCUACAAAAAUUAACAAAGGUCUCAAAUUUCGCCUCACGACUGAAGCGAUCCGAACUGCACAGCGGCUUCUCUUGUCUUUCGCUCUCACAAAUACACCAAAAGGCCUGUUUCGUACUAUACCAGGUUAUGAAAAAGCAGUUCCCUCCACGGAGGGGGAUGACGAUUCUGUUGUUGCUCGGGACUCCCAGUGUAUCAUUCGAAGCAAAAGUUGCUGGAGUCUGUUAAAACCAGGGUUCAUUAAAAGUUCCACACCAGCCCCUCAAUCCAGCGGCUCAAAACGCCGUUGCUCCCAACCUGACGAGGAGGAUGAUUCGGUGAUGAGCAAGAAUGCAUGGCCCACGCUAGAGUGGUUCAUUACGAUCUUUGAAAAGGACGAGUCAAUGACUGAAGCAGGCCAGCCUCCCUAUUCGGAACUCCUACUAUCACAAAUACCUCCCACAAGAGACGGGAAAGGACCUCGAUGGGAAUUGAGCACUCCGCUCGAUGUUGUAUUCUGUUGUCUGAAGCAGGAGAACGAAAGCUAUCGCAAACUGGGCGCGCGACUGAUGACAUUACUCAUCAAUCUCUCCCUCACGAUACAUCUCGAUUACUCUAUUUUCGUCUCUUCCGUUUUCUCUAGAUUAUCUACUACAUCAACUGAUUCGUUUGUAUAUUUGAUGCUCAGUCUCGCUCCGUUUUCAUCUGUGCUUCGAUUCAAGAUCUCUCUCUGUCAACAUUUCCUCCGUGACCACGACAGACAUGUCAAUAACCUGCCUGCACGACCUAAACCUCAGGCACGUGCCCCUCCAAGGGCUCGCGGGUCCAACACCACCACUCUUCCUUUCGCUGAAAGGCCCGCCACAGAAGCCACGGUACAGUUCGUUGCCAGGAAAGUCGCCUUGCCCUCGGCCAAAGAAAUUGCUCGUCUAGCGGGCUUGGAAGCGACUGCUUCGUCCGUGUCUAUCCCUAGAAUUCAGUUCGAGCUUGUGCAAGCAUAUACUUUGCUGCAGCGUCAGUGCGUUGAAGAAGAACGGGACCAGGAUUGGCUAGCCGGAGUUUACGGGGACAAAUUAACGGGUGCAUUCGGAGGCGCAUGCGAAGAAGGUCGUCAGCUCAGACAAGUCCUGAAAACUCUCACUGAUGCGUAG